GUCCAGUGGCGCGUCAUCAAUUCGCCAACAACUGCUUUUUUUUUAUUUCCUUUCUUUUCCCCCAAGACACGUCUCUGUAAUACCUGAACAUGUCGGGAGAACUGAAUACAUUGACCUAGGGCACCCAACCGCACAUUUCGAUGAAGAGAAUGUACAUCCAUGCGCGCUGAUGUGGCCAUAUGGCACGCUUUACGCAAGGCAGAUAACCAACAUUGUGGACUAAAAAUCCAACAGAAGAUGGAUUAAAAAAGGAAGUUUAUUUUUCUUUUAUCUUAUUUUGGGGGUAUUCGGCGAUGGCUGCACUACGGAGGAAAUUCGGCGAGGACUACCAGGUGGUGAACACGAGUCAGGCGACCACUUUCACAGCACCGGUCAAAAAGAAGCGCCAGCGCUUCGUGGAGAAGAACGGUCGUUGCAACGUCCAGCACGGGAACCUCGGAGGGGAGAGCAGCCGGUACCUCACGGACCUCUUCACCACUCUGGUCGACCUGAAAUGGCGAUGGAACAUGCUGAUCUUCAUCCUGACCUACACCAUCGCUUGGCUUGUGAUGGCUUCCAUGUGGUGGAUCAUCGCCUACAUCAGGGGAGACCUGAACCACGGCCACGACGCGUCGUACACCCCGUGCGUGGCCAACGUGUACAACUUUCCCUCCGCUUUUCUGUUCUUCAUCGAGACCGAAGCCACCAUCGGGUAUGGCUACCGGUACAUUACGGAGAAGUGCCCGGAGGGGAUCAUCCUGUUCUUGUUUCAGUCGCUGUUGGGCUCCAUCGUGGACGCCUUUCUCAUCGGCUGCAUGUUCAUCAAGAUGUCCCAGCCCAAGAAGCGCGCCGAGACGCUGAUGUUCAGCCAGGAGGCAGUCAUCUCCCAGCGCGAUGGGAGGCUGUGCCUCAUGUUCCGCGUUGGCAACCUUCGGAACAGCCAUAUGGUGUCCGCGCAGAUCAGGUGCAAAGUCAUCAAGUCUCGUCAGACCCCCGAGGGGGAGUUCCUGCCCCUGGACCAGUGUGAGCUGGACGUGGGGUUCGGGACGGGGGCGGACCAGCUCUUCCUGGUGUCCCCCCUGACCAUCUGCCACGAGAUCAACCCCAAGAGCCCCUUCUUCGACCUGUCCCAGCGCUCGCUGAAGAACGACCAGUUUGAGAUCGUGGUGAUCCUGGAGGGCAUCGUGGAGACCACAGGCAUGACGUGCCAGGCCCGGACGUCCUACACGGAGGACGAGGUGCUGUGGGGUCACCGCUUCCUGCCCGUCAUGUCCCUGGAGGAGGGCUUCUUCCGCGUCGACUACUCCCAGUUCCACAGCAACUUCGAGGUGCCCACGCCGCCCUACAGCGUCAAGGAGCACGAGGACCGCGCCGCCCUGCCCUCGCCGCUCUCCACGGACACGCCCCCGCCCAGCCGGGGCCAGCGGCGCGAGCGCGUCUUCUCCGUCGACUGCAUCCGCAGCGUGGAGGAAGGCGUGGGCCGGGGCCCGCUGGGGGGCCGCCUGCCCAGCAAGCUGCACCGGAUGAGCUCGUCGGGCCGCGAGGACCUCCAGAGGAAGGUGCUGCUGCUGAGCUCGCAGCACGCCGAGAAGGCCUGCAGCACGGGGGACCUGCCCCUCAAGCUGCAGCGCCUCGGCGCCUGCUCCCCCACGCCGCCCAGCCCGGAGGCCCCGCCGCGCCUGCAGCUCAGCGCGCUCAAGGUGGGCUUCGAGCCCAUGACCCAGUCCACGGGGGAGCUGUACCGGCCGGACGCGGCAGCGGCGGCGGCGGCGGCGGCUGCGGCGGCGUUGGCGUUGGCGCCUCGCGCCUGCAGCCCCGUGCCGGCCUCCGCCGCGGGGAGGACAGAGGACAAUCUGCCCCUGAAGCUGCGCAGGAUGAACGCCGAUCGCUGA